AACAAAUCAAGAUGUCUGGCCCCGCCACCUCCACAAUAACAUCGUCUUCAUCAAUGAAUACCGCCGCAACAGACCCCCACCACCAACUCGAACUCUUACGUGCCCAACUCGCCCAACUCGCGCAGGACAAGCUCGACAUGCAGACGCGGUACCAGCGCCGCAUUGACUUUCUCGAACGCCAAGUGGAAACACUCCGCGCCCCCCGGUCGUUUAUCAAUCGUCGGCGGUCGAGUUCCAUGAGCAGUUCCGACGAUUGCGGAUCGGGCGACUGGACAUUCCACGCGACUCCCAUGUCGAGUCGACAUGCAUGCUCCAUGGUGGACGAGCAGGGAGACACUGCCGUGGCAGGGCCACUCAAGCGCAACUGGAAAGACAUGCUGAAGCACCUUCUGGGCAACAAACGAUCGAGAGAUGCAGAUCGCAGUAGCAUAGAGCGGCCGUCCCUGUGGAAAGCCCAAACGACCACGAACGGCAAGAUCGUGUUUAUUAAUCCAGACGCAAAGCCAGCCAAGAAGCGACGCGGCGUGUCUGGCGAGUCUUCGUGGAUCUAAUGUCCACACACGACCUCUCGAUGUGUAGUUACGAGUUGGUGUACAGAGUAGUCGCGUUGUAGGUUUGGUUAUAAUGUCACGUUCCCAGGAAUAGUACA